CUUCAAGCUGUCGUCAUUGGCAUUAAGUAGGCCUACACUGUUGCAGGACCGCACGGUAUAUGUGUAUGAAGUAUGAGUUUCGUAAAAGAAAGCCAGAGUAAAGAUCAUGUUAGUAAUAACAAUGGACUGCCAUUUAAAAACUCGAGUGAAGAAGAUCCCGAGCACCUGGAAAGAACAAGGGAAAGAGGAAAAGCUGAAGCCACUAUCGUUAAUGAAAUUAUGAUAAAUGCCCAGCCGCAUAGUGAACAGAGGCGUAGACAUACAAACCAGUGUUCAUGCAACCUUAGUUUCCCAAAGGACUACACCAAGGUGGGUUUGAAGUCAGAGAAUGUCGGCCCACAGAGAGUAGUGCCCUCUGCUGGUCCCUCCACGCAUUCUACAUCACCUGUUUCUCUUUUUUGUAAACAGACUAAACAAGCAGGUCUGGAAUUAUUUUAUAAGUGGAUUGCGGAUGAAAUAACCCAAGAGGCUGCACAUGUAUUUGAAAGUGCAAACAUUGAUGAAGCACAGUUUCUUACUCUAACAAGAGAAGAUGUGAACGAACUGAUGCCAGGGCUGCCUAAUUUUCAAAUGAGAAAGAAAAUAAUGAAUCUCAUCAUGGAAACGAAUGUGAAGAGUUCAGGAAGCAAUAUUUGCGUACAUUCUGGAAAAGUACAACAACUGCUCCUUGGAAAUGAAGAUUUGAGGAAAGAUCCGCUUGUUUCUGGGAGUGCUGUGAAAAACGUUUAUCAGAUUCUCACGGAUAUGGAAGUAGAUUUUCAGAAAUGGUUAGGCGUGCUUCAGCAGCUGAUUCAAGUUGUUGCCGAGUUGUCUCAUCAAACGAAGAGGGAAGAUUUAAAUGAUUUAAAACAAGAUAAAGGCAUUCAAACAGAUCCCCCUGCUAAUAUCCCAGAUAAACACAAAGACCAUGAAGGGUUUCCUGCAAAGCCUAAACACCCUCCCAUGCAAGUUCUUAGAAUCGAAACCCUCGUUACUGGGAAGACCUUUGGGGCAGAGAUUAAAUUCCUGGACAAACUAUCUCAGAAUCUCAGAAGCAUGGGAGUAGCCCUUCAGAAGCAAGCCUAUGAUUAUAAUUCUGAUAAGGUGCUUUUACUCUUUUGUCCUGUUAUCUCUCGGAUUGGCACUGAUAUUGAUGCAGUUAUCCAGAACAUUUCACCUUAUAAAAAGGUAAUCCUGAUGGUCAUGCACCACUCUCGGAAAAAAGUAUCAUCUGAGAGCAGCAGAUUGGUCAACAAGAGCAACGUGCUUGAAACAGUGGACUGCCUCUACUAUGAAACUGAUGGGUUCUAUCACUGUGAUGAAAAUACAAAGGCAGUAACGUCUGCCUCCUCAGCUUUACUCAGGUACCAGAAGACUAUGUAGGCCCAGCAUGCCAAUCAUCUGAAUUGCAGCACAUCUGAAAUGAAAGCACAUUAUGUUACUACGUGGUCCAGUCUUGAUUACUUAUGUCAGUACAUUACAUUUUAAUUUUCUAAAUGGAACUGUUGUGCAAGAAGAAACAACAAUCUUGAUUAGUGAUCACGGAUUCUGAGAUGUGGACUUUUUGACAACUGUUGUAUUCGUUGAGCACUUUUUGGUGUGGUUUUCUUCUUUAGGUGUGCCAAGGAAAUCAUAACUGUGACUAUACCUACUUAAUUAAAGUAUCACAAAAUGGGAUAUGAAUAGUAUGAAAGUGCACACAUCAUAUAGCCUAUUCAAUAAAUAUAUAGAGUCUACAGAUUUGGUAAACAUGAUUAAUAGCAAAUUAAACCAGUACCUAAUGUCAAGUAUCUUGAGAGGACAGAAAUGCAAUGGAAUGCAAAAUCAGAUAAAGAUUAACUGUGUAAUAGAAACUGUGUGUCCCUAGCAUUCUUUGAAGAAUGUUGUCACCAGUAGGCCGCAUUAUUCUGUAUUUAGGCAAGCUGCUUUUUAUAUACUUGUGAUAUUACAAGAGUUCAUGCAACUUUUUGUUCAUC